GUACCGGAGGUACCCAGCGAGGACGUGGGCGCCGAACCCACGGAAAGUCUUGAAGAAGUCGCCGUGCGACUGAUUCUUGGACAGGUCUCUCGGCCGGAGCGCAAAGGAUAUGUGUGGAUUGAGAACUGGAACAAGCGCUUCCAGAAAGAGCUCGGCAAUCUCCGAGGAUUCAUCGAAAGCCGACCGGAUCUGUUCCAGGUGAAGCCUGGGAACGGACGAAGCUACCGGGUGGAGGCUACGGAACCGGUGUCUGCCGUUGAGAAAACGGGCAGCAAGAACCGGUGGCGUAGGUCCCGACGACACAAUUGA